CUUCAGAGAAAGAGGGAGACUCUCCAUAUCCUGCAGGAGCUGAGCCCAUCAUGUGGGGUAACAAGCUCUGCCUUUUGCUUCUUCUGGGCACCUACACUCUAGCCCAGCAAGAUGUAGGAGGUUUGGAGGAACAAUCUCCCGUUUGCUUUUUGGCCAAAAGAUACAGGAACUUCAGACGAUUUGUGUACAGCUAUGAAGCUGAGGCCCUUAACAGUGUAAAUGGAGCCUCAAAUGACAAGAGCGGACCCGGAGUCUCCUGUACAGUUGAAAUCGAAGUGCCCCAGACGUGUCGCUUCAUCCUCAGAACACCAGAUUGUUCUCUGAGGGAGAUCUCUGGCGUGGACCAUGACGGAAAACCAGUGUACCGUCCCGCUGCGGGGACCGAGGAUUUCAGAGCCGCAAUGGCCAAGAACACCUUGAAGGCUGCAGUGGAAGGAAACACCGAUGUUAAGCUGUUCCCUGAAGAUGAUGAGCCUGUCAACAUCCUGAACAUCAAGAGGGGAAUCAUCUCCGCUCUCAUGGUGCCUGAAACGGACAAGGAGGAGACCAAAGAAAUGCCCACCGUGCAUGGAGUGUGCUCCUCCGACUUCACCAACAACCUCGGACUGGACGGUGCAACUGAAAUGACCAUCAGUAGGGAUCUGUCCAAAUGUGAUGGCUUUGUAGCCCGUAGACAGAACACCAGCCCUCUGGCCCUCAUCUCUGGCAUGAACUACCCUCUGUCCAAAAUGAUAAGCAGUACUCAGACCUGUAACUACAAGUUUGACAGGCAGAAGAAGCACAUGACCAGCGGAUCCUGCAUGGAGAAGCACAUCUUCCUACCUUUCUCCCACAAGAACGAAAAUGGACUUUCUGCAGUUGUGAGCCAGACUGUAACGCUCAGAGGAACUUCCAAUAUCAAUGACCGAAUCUUUGACCACAAUGAAGCAAGUUUCAAGCCCCUGUCUAUGGAUGUUGCAAACAACAAGUCCCCGGUACAGACGAAGGACGCGGUUAUUGACACAAUGCAGAAGCUGAACACUCUGUCUGAGAACAAUGAGGACGAGGAACGUGCAACCUUUUUCCACAAGCUGGUGUCUGAACUGCGUGGCUUGAACACCGACGUCCUCAGCUCCAGUGUGGAUGAGAUGAUGUCUGUCUCCGCUAUUCUUACCUGGCAAGCUCUGGUUCAGUGUGGCACCCCAGAAUGCACCAGCGGUAUGCUGAAGAUACUCAGAAACUUUGACCAUGCUGCAUAUGAUGUUGAUGCUUUCGUCUAUACCCUGGGAAUGCUGUCAAACCCCUCACGCCUGAUGGUCCAAGACUUGCUGGCAAUGGCUCAGUACAAACAGAGCAAACCCAUCAUGUAUGCACUGAGCAAUGCAGCCCGGAGACUUUACAAAGCUGAGGGAGUCACCCCAGAGAUCACUGAUGUUAAUGAGUACAUGGCAUCCCUCCUGCGUGCAGACUGUGCAGGCGAAAAAGAGCUGACUUUUCUGAUCCUGAGGGUUGUCGGCAACAUGGGAGAUGCAAUGGAGGCAGCUGACCCUAAAAUUAAGAACACCCUGCUGAAGUGCAUGAGACAGCCUGCUACCACUUUGUCCGUGCAACUGGCAGCCAUCCAGGCCUUCAGGCGCAUGUCUGUGACCGAUGAGGUCCGCUCAGACCUCCAGAGAGUCAGCCAGUACUCCAAGGGCGUCGUGCAGAAACGCCUGGCAGCUUACCUCAUUCUGAUGAGGGAUCCCCAGGGCAGUGACUUUGACAUGGUGAAGAAGCUACUAACCCAGGAGCAGAACACGCAAAUCAAAGCUUUUGUGUCCAGCCACAUUUACAACAUCAUUACCUCAACUGAAUUAGAGACAAAAAAGCUUGGUGACAGAAUACUCAAUGCCUUGAAGGACACUGAUAUUUCCACUCACAGUGACUACAUCUCAAAGUCUCGCAACUAUAAACUGGGCGUUGCACAUGAGAACAUGGAGGCCAGCAUUCAGGGCAAUGUCAUUUUUGAUCCCAGCAACCAGUUACCAAGGGAAGUCCUAUUGGAAACAACCCUGAAAGCCUUUGGUUACAGCUUGGACAUUUGGGAGCUUGGCAUGGAGGGAAAAGGCUUUGAGCCGACCAUCGAGGCUCUGUUUGGAAAGAACGGCUUUUUUCCUGACACCGUUUCUAAGGCUCUGUACUGGGCGGAGGGCAAGAUGCCACCGGAGGUUCAAGAAGUUCUGGAAAAAUGGAUUGCCCCCUUAAAAUCAGGAAAACCAAGUGUUUCUGAAAACCUUUUGGGAGAAAUUGCUCACAACUUCAACAAGCUGCUGAACAAUCUCCAGAGUCAGGGGUCCCCAGAGGCUAUGGCCUAUCUGAAGAUCAUGGGAGCUGAACUGGGUUACAUCAAGGCCAAUGAUUUGAAAUUUAUUGCUGAAAAUGCAAUCAACACUGCAAGAGCUUUCGCACAACAUGCUAAGUUUCAGCUUAAUAGAUUGCCAAACUUUGACACAGAGAUGUUUGCACACUACAUCUUCAUGGACAACAAAUUCAUCUUGCCAACAGCAUCUGGUUUGCCCAUGACAUUCGCUCUGUCAGGCACAUUUGCUCCUGGUGCAAAAGGAGGCCUUCACAUUUCCCCAAACAUGAAGGAGCUGGUCUUCAGUCCAUCUGUUGGAAUUGAGUUCAUGACCCAGAUAGGAGUGCACUUCCCUGAAUUUGUAGCCUCUGCUGUUGAGAUGCACACCAACAUCUUCCAUGAGAGUUCCCUCAACGCCAAGAUCACCAUGGAGCAGAACGAGCUUAAGCUCUCCAUACCAGCUCCAAAGGACACCACAAAGCUCUUCAGAAUCAGCAAUAAAAUUUGGAUUGUUGGUGCUGAGAAGGCCACAAGGAUCCCUUAUAGGCAGAGCAAAUCAAAGUGCAGCCCUCUCUUCCCUGGAAUCAAAUCCUGCACCAAGAUGCUUUACGCGGACGCCCUUGACAAGAAUGCUGCUCCUUACUUCCCCCUGAACGGAGAGACGAUGUUUGCCAUUGAUAUCGAACCUACUGAAGAGAUCUCUGAGUACACAGCCAGCGUUGCCUACAAACGUCUCAGUGAAGGAAAGGAUGGCCGCCAGAAGGUGGAUUCCUUGCAGAUGACCCUGAGAGCUGAGGGUGCUAAGCCCACAGAGGCUACAGCCACCAUAAAAUACAACCAGAACAGGAAUGUCCUCACUACUCAAAUCCAGAUUCCUGACAUUGAUGUUGAGGCUGGGAUUAAGAUUGGCAUGACAGACAGCAGUGUAAAAGGCAAAUCCCUCACCAUUGAGUUUUCCAACAAAAAUGUGCCACAGCUAUCCCUGACUGGUCGCGCCAAACUUCAGGCCAUGAAUGAUGGAUUACUUCAGGUUCAACUGCUGGUUCCAUCGCUGAAGAUUGAUGCCACCCUUGGUGCUACUGUGACCAAAGACAGUGGGCUCACCAUGCAGAUCAAGAGUGAUAUCAAGCUCCCAGAGAUUUCCUCCGUUCAGGCAGUCACCUUCAAAUAUGGUAAGGAGGAGGCUGAGGCCUAUCUGACGUCCAAUGUGAAAGCUGACACAAAGAUCCCAGUGCAUUACACUGAAGCCCUCCAGACUUGGCUCAGUCGGCUGGCCGAGGACCUCAUGGAAAAGAAGGUUGUGAAGACCGACAUGAAACUGCGUCACAUUGUCAAUAAAGGAAUUGAGGCUAGCAACAUCUGGAUCAACAAAAUCUCUGCGGAUUGUCCUCACAUGAAGAAUCUGAUGAACAACAUUGGGAUGGUGGAAAUGCCAUCAGUGCCUCAAAUCUUAUUCAUGAAUUUUGAGAGCAAACUCAGAUACCAGUUCAACCAGAACCGUUUCAUGAUGACCAUCCCUCUGCCUCUUGGUGGAAAAUCCUCUGAGGAACUCAGGAUUCCACCUGUUGUCACAUUCCCACACAUUUCUGUGCCUCAGCUGGGCCUGGAGUUUACCCCACGGGAGAUCCAAAUUCCAAGUUUCACCAUCCCAUCUGAACAUGAUCUCACUCUGCCUCUGAUGGGGCUGUUGGAAGUGUCUGCCAAGGUCAACAGUAACUAUUAUGACUGGGAGGGACUGAUUACAGCUGGCAAUAAUACUGCCAAGUCUCCUGAAUACGUGGCGAAGUUCAGUGUCAUGGCUGAAAGUCCAAUCAAACUGCUCUCCUUCUCAACUGAGGGAUCCACCAAAAUCACAGACACAGACAGGGAAACUAUUGAAGUCACACUCAAUGGAGUCCUGAAACACAUGCUCAUCAACACAGGUUUCAGCGUGCUGGAAAGCAUUGCUGUCACAGACAAUGUACUGACAACAGGUCGUUACAGCAUCUACGCUACUGCUGCUCCAGUGGGUCUUGACACAUCUAUGACCAUUACCACCCAGUUCAAGCUGGACUCAGACACUUUCUUUGGAGAUGUUAACACAGAUGGCAGUAUCGCCAUUGGGUCUAAGGUUGCCACCACAACUUAUCUCUACACCAUCUCUGUUGAGCCAGCCAAGAAAACAGCAAAAAUGAACAGUGCGCUGAUGGUAAAGUGCGACUUGAUGAAGCUCUCCCACAAGAAUAAAGCAUCUUUUGAAAAUGCUGAGUUUCUGUUUGAAUCAACCACCAGCAUGGAUUCUGACCCGGUCAAGCACACCACAAAAAUUAAUCUAAACUACAAGGAUGUCAAACUCACCAUUCAGUCUGACUCUGUGACCAGGGCUCUUGAGAGGAUGAUUCUUAACCAGAUGGCGUUCUCCAUGUCUGAAGGACAGGCUUCCCUCAGGAUCGAGAACCAAGCUGAUGAUACACAGAACCGUGUGUACUCCUUGCUUACUGGAACAAUGAACCCCUCUGGUUUGGAAAUCAAUGCUGAUGCCUCCGUGAAGAUCUUCUCUAGCCUCGCUUCUCACAAAGCAACCUUGUCACUGAACUCAAAGGGCUUGACCACCAGCUGCACAACAACUGCCCAGCACAGUCCAUUAACAUUUGAGAAUAUUUUCCAUGGUGGAAUUGGCUCCUCCGGUGCCACCCUGUCUCUUAAAACAAAGGGAGCCGUUCAAGACAACAAGGCAGAGCUCAAUGUUGAGGGGAAGCUUUCAACCACAGAAGUAUAUUUCAACAGCAUGUAUGAAGGUAGCCUUUUUGACAUCAGCGGGCGGAACAGAGUGAAUCUCAGGCUGAAUGAAGAUGGACUGGUCUUCUCUAACAACAUGGUUGGAUCUUUUAGGGAGAUGAGGACCGAAAACACCCAUUCCCUGUCUCUUACUUUAAAAUCUUUUACCCUACAAACCAAAACUGACAACUUCCUUGACAAGAGCAACUCUUACAUGCAUGAUAUCACGGUCAACAUGGGACAUUUUACAGCCUCAGCCAUGGUGAAAAAUGUACUGAAAGUGAUGGCAGUCACAUUUGAGAAUGAUGCCCAAUUCAAGGCAGAACCCUACAGCAUGGAGCUGGCUGGGACACUGAAGGGAAGCUUCUUAGAGGAAGAGCUCAAGCACAUCUAUGAAAUCAAGUUUGCUGAUUUAGUCCUGUCUGCAAAGUGCAAUACCAAUGGAAAACUCCUGGGAUCACGCAUGACACAUAUCACUGACAUGGAAGUUAAUGGUCUGACUAUCAAGUUUAGCAAUGUGGCUAACUUCAACUCACCAUCUCUUCUUAUGGACAGUAUCAUUAAAACCACUGCUGCACCCUUUACACUCAACGUCGAUGCCAUUUUCAACUCAAAUGGAGAGGUGUAUCUAUUUGGAAAGCAUAGUGGAGAACUGUACAGCAAAUUCCUCUUGAAAGCAGAACCGACAGAAUUUGAACAAUCAUUUGAGUACAGAGCUUCAAGCAGCCACAAGGUGAUAGACAGACCUACUGUGAAGACCAACGUGAACAACAAGCUCAACAGCUUGCUAAGCCUGGGAGAACAAAUGGUCACACUGGAGAUGACAUCCACUGUAAAUGAACACACUUUCAAACAGAUGUUGAGUGCCAAAAACAACGCAGAGAGAAUUGCUUUUGAGCUGGAGGGAGAAGUUUCCACUCCCCUCUUCAGUGAGGCCAGGCAAGAUUAUGCCAUCUCUGGAUUUGUGAAGUAUGACAAGAACAGUGACACCCAGUUCAUCCAAAUCCCUUUCAUUGAGCACCUUCCCACAGUCAUUGAAAAUGUGAAAAGCACAAUGAUUAGUCUAAUGGACCACAGCAUUAAGAUGCUCAAAGACAUCAACACCAGGUAUGAAAUCAAUGCUAAGUUUCAGGCCAAACUUGAAGAACUAAAAGAAGCGAUUAACAGUUUCGACCUUGGCCUCUUUGUCCAAGACCUGAAAGGGUUUAUCACAUCUGUGGAGAAUUUCAUCAUCAAACUGACAGCCCAGCUCCCUACUGACAAAGUUAUUAAUCUGCUGAAAUCUAUCAAGGACACUGUUGUGGUUGAAAUGAAAAAAUAUAACAUUCCAACAAGGUACAAUGCAAUUUAUUUCAAAAUAGAAGAGUUUCUCUCCAACUAUGAGAUUGAAAAAAUGAUUGGGGGCAUCAUGGAUGAAGUUGUAAAAAUAAUGAAGCAGUAUCAGAUCAGGGAGAAGUUGCAACAAACAUUUGAGGCUCUCAGAUCUAUUGAUAUCCAGCCUCUAUUUAACAAAUUUAAGGGGCCGGUGACAGAGUUUGUGAAUGAGCUUUAUUCAAUUGACUUCAAACAGCUUAUUGAUGACAUGAGUGGCUUUUUCACAAGAAUGAUGCAGAAAAUUAAGUCAUUUGAUUAUGAAACUUUCACUGCGGAGCUGAAAGACAAAGUUACAGAGAUGAGCAAGAUUCCUAGCUUUGGCAAACUCUAUGGUGAGUUUAAAGUUACUUCACCACAUUACAGCCUCACGACCACAGCUAAGCUGGAGAACACCACAACCACACCAGCCACACCAGAGUUUAAAGUUAGCCUGAACUCACAGGCUGAUUCUACUCUAAAAGAGCUAAACUUCACUGUGGAUGCCUCUGCACAUUUUGCUGCUCCUAAAAUGAGCCGUCUGACCAUCUCUGAAGCCAUUAAUGUUCAGCAGUCAUCCUUCACACUUGACCACAAGGGCACAAUGAAUCUUUAUGGCCUAUCAGCACAAGUCUCUGCCGAAACCUCUGCAAAAGCAACCACUGAGCCCUAUAUGGCAGAGCUUGUCAACAGUGCAUUCUUUGCUCUGGAAAACGGAGUUUCUGCCAAGAUGGACACUGUCUACAAACAUGACCUCAAGUUUCCACCCCUCAGCAUCUUCAGUGAAAUGGUGAUUGAUCAAAAGACUCUCUUUGGGCUCGAAGAUGCCAGCUUCCAUCUCACUUUUAAUAAUCUGGCCAAUAAAAAAUUUAGAAUUUGGCAUUACUCAGAUGAAGCAAACCACAAGAGUGACAUCAAUGUAGAAAUGGAUCUCCAGAACACCAAAGUGACCUUCACUGGUGACACAAGUAGCAGCCUUUUAACGGUUAAGGAAAGUUUUGUUGCUGAUAUUAGUACUUUCCGACAUGUCAUAAUUGAUGCCAAAAUUGAGACCGACACACCUUUCAUGGAGGGCAGUGUGGCAGAGGUUAAGCUUCAGGCUAAGGCUGAAGACAUGAAAAUUGAUCUCACAGCAUCUCACAAUGCAAAACUGAUUGGUAGGAUUACAGGAACCCUUUCAAGCUCUGUCCUCACUCUGAUCUCAGCCACAGAGCUUACAUUUAAUAGUAAGAACAAAGGAAAGGCUAUGUUUUUUCUUCCAUUCAAGCAGUCUGUAAACAUUGACCUGCAGAAUGACGCUGAUUUUACUCUGAACUCAGAAAUGCACCAAGGAAGCUGGACAGGUCUGGCCAAGCUCAACCAAUACAAAUACUCACAUUUGUUCUCCAUGGACAAUGGCGAAAGUGAAAUUAACAUCCAAUCACGAAUCAAUGCCGAGGCAAAUCUUGAAGUGCUGAAGACACCUAUUACUAUUCCUGAAAUAACUCUACCAGUUAUUGGAAUGAAGACAGAAAGAGUGGAGUGCUUUUCUCUGUGGGAAGACACUGGCCUGAACUACAUCCUAAAGACAACUCAGCAGACACUGGACAUCAACUCCAAACUGAAAUACAUUAAGAACCCUGAGAUGAUCACAAUUGACAUAAAUCUGGAUCCAGUCAUCCGUGCCAUUAAUAUUAACACGAGGGCCCUGCACAAGAAAAUGCUCAUUGGCAAGGAUAAGGCCGCGACCAUUCUUGCUUCAUCUUAUAACAAAGCAAUGUCAGGGUAUGAAACAUACAGCAUUGAGUUGCCUAAAACCAUUGUGGUCCCUGCCUACAAAGUUCCAGUCAUGAAUAUUGAGAUGUCUUCUUUCACAAUUCCCCUGCCUGAUGUCACACUUGUCACUGUGCCCUCGCUGCACAUCCCAUCUGCACUCCGCAAGCUGACAGUUCCAAAAAUCACCCUACCCAAGGUUCAGAGCAUCAAGAUCCCAAUGAUGGGUGACCUGACUUAUGAGUUCUCUAUGGAAACAGCAAUGAUCACACUUAAAACUGAUGCCAGCAUCCUCAACCAGGAUGGCCUCAAGGUCAAAUUUGAUGCCUCCUCCUCUUCUGGGUUUGAAAUUCUGACGGGAAAGAUUGAGGGCAACACCAGUGUUAACACAGUGGGUGAAUUUAAAAUGGCCUCCCUCUUCUCUGUAAAGCACUCGAUGCUAGAAGGAAAUCAUAAGAGCACUGUCACCUUGAGUUAUGAAAAUGUAGAUACCUCUGUGAGCAACUCAGCAAAGGUCAAUUUGCCUUCACUCACUAUGGAAAUCAACCAGGAAAUUAAGGGAAAUCCAGGAGAUGGUCUUGUUGUCUCCAUGUCCACCACUUCUGCAGGACUCCUGGGUGUACAGAUGCAGACCAAGCGGCCAGCACAAAUGAAAGCCAGACUCUAUGGUUGCUACCCGACUGAACCAACAAGAUACGUCAACAUUGUGGGUCUCAAGAUGUCUGUAAAGGACUCUGAGCAGCUAAACCUUCAGACAACCUGGAAUAUGGAGAUGCCGUAUGAGAUGAUGCUGGGACUGAAGAAACAAGUGCCAGGAGCCAUGGAGAUGGUUUCUGAUCCUGCAAUCAAGACAUACAACAAGAUCAGCAGGCAUGUUAGGAGUUUUAAAGGCUCGUUUGAAAAGUUCAGGAAGAAGGGUAAAGCAAUGUUCAUGACGGCUGUUGAAAACUUAGCUGCAGUUAGUUCUUCUGAUUUUAUGACAACUGUCACAGAUAAGACCAUAAAACUUCUCAAAGAGUCCCAGAAGAAGGUUGAGCUUGUUCUUGAUGUUGUGAUUAAAUUCCUGAGACAGACCAAGUUCCAGAUCCCUGGCUAUGAACGAAAGCUCUCUGGACUUGAGGUCUACCAGGAAUUCAGCACUUUUGUCGCUGAUGUAUCUGAGGAGGCUGUUGAAAAGCUUCCUGAAUACUUUGCCUCCACCUUUGCAUCAGUCUUUGAUCAUGUCCAAACUGUAGAAUUCACCAUCCCUGGCUCUAAUCGCGUCAUCACUGGGAAAGAACUAUGCGAUGACUUGGUGGUUGCUCUGAGGAAAAUGCAAGAACAGCUGACUGUUAGCAUGAGGAAACUUGGAGACAUCAAGCUGGAGGAUAUGAUUAAGAAAUUAUCAGGGUUCAUGCAAUUUAUUGUUCAACAAAGUGAAAACUUUAUCCAAACUCUAAAAACUCAUAAUUUUGAGAAGAUCAGCAGCUUUCUGGUGGAUGCAUACAAUGAUGCCAUGAAUUCCCAUUUCCUGGCCGGUGUUGCCGAGCAGAUUGAUGAGGUGCACAUAAUCAUAAAGGAAUAUCUUGAAUCUGUGAUCAAUAAAAUCCACAGCAUCAUGGCUGACAUGUCAACUGAACAGCUUAGAACAAGCAUCCAGUCUUGGAUUGACUUGUCAGUGAAACGCAUCAAUGCUUUCCACAACAGUGUCAUUAGCACCCUCAAAGAAACAAGCAAGGAUGUUGAACCAUAUGUGAGAGUAAGUGACAGAAAGAUUGAUGUUGACAUUCCUUUACCGUUUAUUGUCAGACUCAACUAACUCGCCAUAGUAACCAAACUCAGAGAGACAUAUUUGAAUUAACUACCUUUCUGUUAUAACCAGCCAAUGCAAUAGUUAAUUUAUGGUAAUAACAAAAACUAAACUUUACAUUUAUAUGGAUGUCUGUUCUAACUAUGCUAGUCUUUGUGCUGUUUUCCACAUAAUUUAGUUGUUUUUUUUCAUGGUAGAUUAACAAUUGUUCUGAUCCAACUGUGCAUCCUUUGUGUCUUGUACUAUUUAAAACCUACAUGGUCAUCAAUAAACUGUUUGUACUGCA